AUGGUCAAGGAAAAGCGUUACUACGACAUUCUCGGUGUUUCUCCUGACGCUUCUUUAGCUGAAAUCAGAAAGAGUUACAAAAAGUUGGCUCUUAAGUAUCACCCUGACAAGAACAAAAAUGACGGCGAAAAGUUUAAAGAAAUUUCUCAAGCUUUCGAAGUCUUAUCAGACCCGAAGAAACGUGAGAUAUAUGACCAGGGAGGAGAGCAAGCUUUGAAAGAAGGUGGUGGUGGUGAUUUCAGCUUCCACAACCCAAUGGACAUCUUUGAUAUGUUCUUUGGCGGAGGGCAUCGGAAUCGUGGUCCGCCUCGAGGCCGUGAUACAGUGCAUUCACUGAGUGUUACGCUAGAGGAAUUGUACAACGGGACAACCCGAAAGUUGAAUGUUACUAGGAACGUUAUCUGUGAGAAGUGUGAAGGUCGUGGAGGGAAGGCCGGCUCCGUGAUGCCUUGUCGCGUAUGCAGGGGCACGGGCGUCGAGGUUCACCUUCGCCAACUCGGCAUUGGUUUUGUUCAGCAAACCCAGACGACUUGCUCAAACUGCCAAGGCAACAAGGAGGUGAUCGAUCCCAAGGAUCGGUGUCCAGCUUGUAAUGGCCACAAGGUCGUUAGGGAGAAGAAGCUAUUGGUUGUUGAGAUAGAUAAGGGCAUGAUGGAUAGUCAAAAUAUCCGUUUUGCCGGCGAGGGCGACCGUGAACCUGGUAUUGAGCCCGGUGACAUAAUCUUUAGCAUUGACGAGCAGCCUCACGAGAGGUUCCACCGACGGAAAAUGGACCUUAUCUACACUAUGACCAUCACUGUCGCAGAAGCACUGACAGGAUUCCGCCGCGUGAUAACAACACUUGACAAGCGCCACCUUGUUGUUGAAACUCAACCUGGUGAAGUUAUUAAGCCAGAUGAAUGCCGUUACAUUCCAAACGAGGGGAUGCCUCGUUAUAAGAGUCCUUUUGAACAUGGGCGACUAAUAAUCAAGUUCGUUGUCGAGUUUCCUGAAACACUGGACCCGCGAGCUUGCUCAGAACUCCGUCGACUACUCCCCUACCCGGAAGAGGAGCCUGUGUCCGCGGACGCCGAACACUGUGAACUUCAUCCUUUCGACCCCCGAAGAGACUUCUCUAAAGGCUCGAAUGAUCACCGCGAAGCCUACAUGGAGGAUGAUGGUUCUGAUGGUCCUGGCCCCCAGAGAGUACAGUGUGGGUCUUCUUAA